UAGGGUUAGGCACCUCCUGCGGCCAAUCCCACCGAGAGUGUGACUUCGUGCCUCCUCCAGCCAGGGCCUGCUCGCAGCAAUCGCAGAGAGCGCCUCCUCCGCCGGAGCAACUUUUUUUUUUUGCAAGAGGAAGGCGAGACGCCGAGAGGGAAGGAGGGGGGAUCGGUGCUUGGGGGGAGUCCCCGCCCUUGCGUCCACGCCCCCCCCCUCCAGCACACGCCUCGAUCCGCGGCAUGGCGAGUCCCCCUCCUGGACGCCCAGCACGGGGACCCUUUAAGGGGAGGGGGCAGCGGCUGGAAGGCUUGGCGAGGGGAUGACUCGGGAUUGGGCCGCCGGGGCAGGAGCAUUGAAAAGAGGGGGGGAGAUUGCGGCAGGGGGGUAAUUUAAAAAACAACAACAACACGAGGAAACUUUUUGGGGCCAACUUUCGAGCGUCGGUGGCGGAGUUGCGGGAGCUCGUCCCGCUUCCUUUCCCCACCGGGGCGCCCCCUCCCCGCCCUCCUCCUCCCCAUCUGUGCUCCGGGCGUGGAGUUCAGUAGGAUGGUGGUGUACAACGGCGGGGCUUACUUGCUGCUCAACUAUCUCCUCCUCCUGCUGGCUGGAGCGACGCAAAGCCGGGACCCUGCCGCCGCCACCAGCUGCGAGCUCCAGAGGAAACAAAGUGAGCUGAACUCCUUCCUGUGGACUAUAAAGAGAGAUCCACCAUCUUACUUUUUUGGCACGAUUCAUGUCCCGUAUACCCGGGUCUGGGAUUUUAUCCCUGAGAAUUCCAAGAAAGCCUUCCAGCAAAGCCAUAUUGUCUACUUUGAGCUGGACCUCACAGAUCCUUACACGAUCUCUGCCCUAACCAGUUGUCAGCUCCUGCCGCAGGGUGAGAACCUUCAGGAUGUGCUCCCCAGGGACAUCUACCGUCGGCUCAAGCGCCACUUGGAAUAUGUCAAGCUUAUGAUGCCAUCUUGGAUGACUCCAGACCAGCGGGGCAAAGGACUGUAUGCUGACUAUCUCUUCAACGCUAUUGCAGGCAACUGGGAGAGGAAAAGACCUGUGUGGGUAAUGUUGAUGGUGAACUCUCUGACAGAGGUGGACAUUAAGUCCCGUGGCGUGCCGGUCUUGGAUCUCUACCUUGCCCAAGAAGCAGAACAUCUCCGAAAGCAGACUGGGGCAGUAGAAAAAGUAGAGGAACAGUGCCAUCCAUUGAAUGGUCUGAAUUUCUCUCAGGUGAUCUUUGCUUUGAAUCAGACACUUUUGCAGCAAGAGAAUCUCCGCGCAGGCAGCCUUCAGAUCCCUUACACAACAGAGGACCUUAUCAAACAUUACAACUGUGGAGACCUCAACUCCAUCAUCUUCAAUCAUGACACGUCUCAAGUCCCAAAUUUCAUCAAUGCCACUCUGCCUCCUCACGAACGCAUCACCGCUCAGGAAAUCGACAGCUACUUUCGGCAGGAGCUUAUCUAUAAGCGGAAUGAGAGAAUGGGCAAAAGGGUGAAAGAUCUAUUGGAAGAGUAUCCUGACAAAAGCUUCUUCUUUGCAUUUGGAGCUGGUCAUUUCAUGGGCAACAACACAGUGAUUGAUGUUUUAAGGAGAGAAGGGUAUGAGGUAGAACACACCCCUGCUGGUCAAGCUGUCAACAGCGGGAAGAAUCAAAAGGCUCUGUCUGCCCUCUCUUCAUCUUCCCCAGAAUAUGCUUCCUACAUCAUCUCCCAGGAGCUCCACCCUUCCCAACAGCAUCCACAGAAAGAGGAGGAGGAGGAGGAGGAAGAGCUGCUGCCUCACUUGCUGCUGCCUGAAAGUAUUGAUUUGCUGGAGAAAGUAGACAGGAAAUACAAGAAGAAAAAGAAGAAGCAGCAGCAGAAAAAGCAGCGCUUGCGCCAGUUCAAUGACCUCUGGGUACGCAUCGAGGAAAGCGCCACUGAUCCACCUCCUCGAAUCCGAAUUAUUAAUGGGUACAUUACUGUAGAGCCCCAGCCACGGGGACAUGGUCGUUCCAGUCACAUCCAGUCAGAUACCAGCUGCUCCAGUGGUCUGUUUCGGUCCCUCCCCACUUUGGCAUUGACUUUGGUGCUGCCUAGCUUGAGGAUGCUGGUGCUGGAGUGUAUCUUCUGAGCAGAUCUUCACAUUCCUUGGUGAAAGGAUGCUGAGGGGCAGAGGAGGACUUUUGUGAAUGGGAGAUCAUCUGCGGGAAUUUUUUUUUUUUAAAGGGCUCAUCCUUUUCCUGAAUCUGGACCAUUAACAUGAUUAACUGGCUUGACUGUGCCCAAGACAGGAGAAGAUAUUUUUAAUGAAAGCCAUUAUUUAUCCUUCUCUUGCAGAAGAAUUAUUUCACGUUAUCCCAUAAUGCUUUUGGGAGAUAUAUAUGUAACAUAGUUGCUGUUUUAUUUUUAGCUGUAUAAAAUUUACUUGAAUACAA